UGUAGAUACAAGUUACCAAGGUUUAUUUACAUAUUUCAUGUUUAAACCUUAAUGAGCGAAUAUACAUAUAGCUGUGCAAUGCGUAGGCAACGGAGAGUGAAUCUAUCACCUAGCUAUUAUAACGGUGCGUCUUAUUCUGCCAACACAUCAUAUGCUCCACUAAAUAAAGAUUUGGAUGAUGAGAAUCCUGUUGAAAUGGAGAGGUUGCCACGCAUUGCAAGUUUAGAAAAUAGACAAUUGCAUAGUUUUGAAAAUACUAUUGAGGCUAAAGUGGAAGUAGGUGAUUCUUUACAAGCAUUGGCUUUACGUUUUCAUUGUACAGUUGCAGACAUAAAACGACUUAAUAAGAUUGAUAAGGAUAACGAAAUUUAUGCGAGGAAGUUUGUAAAAAUUCCAGUAACGCCACAUUCGAUAUUAUUGGAAACAUUACCAACAGUUCACAAAAGUGGGAGUAAUAGUCCAUCUCAAAGUGAACAUGAAUCAGGCAUAAUUAGAAACCCUUUGAAGGAUGCUAACUUUAUGUUAGGCGAAAAACUGAUAAUAGCUUCUGUAAAUGCUUCUGGUAAUAAUAAUCCGCAAAAUGUUGACACCAAUAAAUCAGUUUUAGCCUCUACAUUGAGGAGCAAAGACAGUGCCUACUUGGAAAAAGAAAAUCAUUCUACCAAUGACUCCACGGCAUUAUUAGAGGAUUUUCUUGAUGAUGAUUUUGCGGAUACAUAUGUACGACCUAUCCGAGGGCCCUCAAUAAGUGCACUACAUUGGUCUGGUUCUGAUGGAGACAUGACUUGGGUAUGCUUGUUUGUUGUAAUCUUGGCUUUAUGUUUUGCUAUACCAUUGAUAGUUGUGAUUUUUUGGACCCAUCCACACAGCAGUGGCAACAACAAUGCAACAACAAAUAACUGACAUAGUUUAAACGCGAAUGACAAAUAUCUUUAACGGUAUAAUUAUAUUAUAAUUUAUAUUAUAAUUUAUAUAUAAGUAUAUGAAGAGUCCUUCAAAGUGAUUCUUCAAUGUAAAGAUGUCAUACAGCUGCAAGCACUGAAAUAGUAGUGGGUGUUAGUGAUUUACAUAUCUGUGAGUUAUGUAAAAUGCCAAACAGUUUCAGCAUCCAUUUAAAUGCAAAAGUGGAUCAUAUUUUCCAGACUAUGUUUAUUACUAAAAAUAUUUAGGUUUGAAUAUGUACAAGAUAUGUUCAUUUACAAAGAUGUGCUUAUGUAUGAAAAUUGUUGGAAGCAGUAAAAUAGUAGUAAAGUACAAAAUUUUUUUUUUUUUAAAUACUGAAGUGUUUUUGAAAGUUUCGUCUAUAGGAGAUCUUAGUGCUUGGUAGCAUGACAUGAUUUUUGAUAACGGCAAUACAGAGUUUAUGUGCUGAAUCUGGGACCAUACUCUGUAUUAGGGGAGCGCCUUAGAUACUGAAGGGACCCUUUACCGCCAUAUAGAACAAUUUUCGACAUGUCUGUGUACAAGAUGUUCCGUAAUUUCUCAAUCGUCCAAUUCAGGUGUCCUUUGGCGAAUUUAAGAGGACUCGUCACAAGAUUUUUUUUAAUAAUGAUACUUUUCGAGGACUGCGGACUUAUAAAUUGUAGAAGUCUUCUCACUGUAUGAACACCGCAUUCCAGGUUCAGUUCAUUCCGAAUCUCCAUAGCUGACCUUCUAGGUCGAGUCUUGGCACAUCUUACAAGUAUUCGUGUACAAUUCUCAGAGAGAAUCCAUAUUGCUUUUUUCGUCUUUUUUUUAUAAAUAAUUGCAUUGUGAGUCGUUGUGGCUUAACACCCAACAAUUCUUUCCACUCCCUUGUAGGAUUUAUCGUUGUUUAUGACAGAGUGAAUCCAUUUCCGUUUUUCUGCUUUUUACAUUGAAUAAUAAAUAAAAGAUCAGGAAACUUACUUUUUGUUUGAUAAAAUUAAAUUU